AUGGCCGUUUUGCUUCCCCUCUCUGAUCCCGCCCUUCUCACGUCAUACGGGUUUGCGGCACAGUCCGCUGGACGCGACACCCUCGUCCAUCCCGCAUGGAUUGUCAGAGCACCCUGCACGGAUACGUCACUGGAGGCCGUCUGGAUGUCUCGUGAGCUCGCAAAAACUGCAUUCCUGCAGUGUUCCGCCCGAGCGAUCCCACGUCUCCAACAGCGCUCCCAAGUUCUCUUCUUCCUUCUUCCUUCAUCUUUUAAUUCUUUAGUUACUCAUACUAAUAUCCACGUGACCGCAAGUGUCCCGCGUAUAUCCGCGCCUGUCCGGUUUGGUAAACACCAUAGACUGAUCUGUAUACACCUACAGCAAGCUUGGAUGAGCAAUCACAAACAACGUAAAAUUAAGCUUAUCUUAAGCCAGCCCACUCUCGGGCUUUUGUAG